AUGGCGAUUGAACUGGAUGUGGAAGAAUUGUUAAUUAUGGGAGAUUCUGACUUAAUUAGUCGACAAGCUCAAGGUGAAUGGGAAACUAGGGACAUCAAGCUUAUCCCAUACAGGCAACAUGUGGAAGAUCUUAUCAAACGGUUCAAGUCUGUUGAAUUCAGGUACAUCCCCCGAUUCCACAAUGAGUUAGCUGAUGCAUUAGCUACCUUGGCCGAAAUGUUGCCAUAUCCGAGUAAUGUCCAUAUCGACCCGUUGGAUAUCCAAAUCCGAGAAAGACAUGGUUAUUACAAUAUGGUUGUAAUAGAACCAGAUGUUCAACCAUGCCCAAAACAUGUGAAAGAUUCUCAUAAUACUUCUGGAGCAUAG